AUGCAUUAUAUGCGAAGUUCGAUGCCUGUACAGCACCGUGUAGUCGCAUGGCACUGUCUGGCACUCGUAGCUGGGAACCAGCGCCCGAUGAUUAACCAAUGCUACGAAUAUUACCUGCAAAACUAUGGCCAGAAUUUUACCGAGCCUCCAAUGAUUAUCUUCAGCACCAUGCCGUUUCUUCAGGGGGGUGACCAGCUUGCGUUUGAUCUGAUGGAGUACAUUAUCCGCAUUGUGGGGCUCAUAAUGGGAGAACCUGGGAAGUGGCAUGAGUACCAGACCAAUGCCGUUGAUGUUUUAGGAUUGAAAAGAGACUACGGUGCACAGCAAGAGCGAAUGUCGUCCAUCAAUCGCGUGAUCAUCGAAUUGUUGUAUCAUAUCAUGAAAACGCUACCCGCCAGAUUCAGAGCCUUGAUAAAAUGUGAUUGGUUUCCAAAAGAGUUCUCUACGGAAGGGUUUGAGGACGGUGUGACCUGGGCUGAUGCAAAAACCGUGUUUCAAAAAGGAUUUGGAAAGAAAGAAAGCAGUUAUGUUGCGUAUCGGCUUCCUAAACGACCUGCAUACAUACCGGCGUAG